AUGGCUUAUGAACGACGACGUUUAUCAACGGAAAGUGAUAAAUCAUCAACGAGUACAAAUCAUUCAACAGAAUCUAAUCCAACAUACAAUACGAUUUCACCACAUAUUGUUCAUCCAAUUAUUUCUACCGAUAAAAAAUUAUCAAUUAUGACAGCAAAAGACUCAACACAUAUAAUGAAACGAUGCUCAGUAAUGUCUUCACCAGCUGAAGAGUUAUUGGCACGUACAAAAAAUACAUUUGUAGAUUUAAAUCCAUAUUUUCAAUGUUCAUCAUUACCAAGUCACUGGAGAAAAAACAAAUCACUUCGUUUUAUUUUACGUACAAAACGUCAUAUCGAUAUAAAAACAAACACACGAGUUAUUGUUUUUGCUGGUAAUGAUUAUAACCCAUGUGCAACACUCAAAAAUAAUGUUAGUUGGUUCCGUGGUGGUCAAGCAGAAUUUAAUGAUUUACGGUUUUUAGGCGCUAGUGGAAGAGGUAAAAAAUUUACAUUAACAAUAGUUAUUGAAACAACACCCCCACAACAAUGUACCUAUCGUCGAGCAAUCAAAAUAACAGUCGAUGGUCCAAGAAAGAAACGUGAAUUGAAAGCGAAGUCAGAUGCGAAUGAAAUUCAAGCAGAUGAAUCGAAUUUUGAUGGUGAAUCGGAUAAUGAAACAAAUAAUUCGAUGAUAACUGAAUCAAAACCAUACAUGAGUCAAGGAUCAUCUGGAUUACUUCUUCUUGCUGCUGCAGCUGAACAAAAACGAAAAGAUGAAGAAGAUAUACCAAAUAAUCGUCCAUUUCCAUCAGCUCCUAUGGAAAUAACAUAUUCAUCAAAAUUAAGUGAUACAAAUUCUUCAAUAACCAGUUGUCUUUCUCCAUCAUCAUUAGCUUCACAAUUUUCUCAAUCAAUUGGCUUUUCUCCAACAUCUUCAUUAGAUGAUUUAAAUUCUCGUUUAUCACGUCAUGGGUUUUUACAAAAUCAAAAUUUGGCAAAAACAGCAACCGUUCCAUUAAUAUCCAGUUCACCAACAACAAAUUUAAUAUUUAGUUUAACACAAACACCAAAUCAUUUUAAUUUUUUUCAUCAUCAUCAACAACAACAACAAAGAAACGAUCAACAAACUAUUGUCGAAACGCCCAAUAAUACUUCAUCAACAAGUACAACAAGUAAACAUGUUUUAUGUCGAUAA